CACGUCUUGACUCUUCAUUGAGGAUAGACUGCAACUGAGGCAUCUGCAUCACACACAGCUCAUCGCCUGGUUGAUGGGUUGUGGAUUUCAUCGGUCUCGCUAUGUAUCAAAGCAGUUCAGGUGCUGUGGAGGCAUUUUCACGUUUCUGUGGAUCUCCGUUCUGGGAUGAAUUUUUGACAGUGAACACAACAUCCCCCGAUCUUACCGUCUGCUUUGAGAAGACGGUACUUGUUUGGCUGCCAUGUGCUUUUCUAUGGUGCUUUACAGCACCUAGCAUUCUACUACUUCAUUUCUCUAGCAAGGAUAGUCCACCUCUUCAACAUUCAUGGCUCACAAACUGCAAACAGCUUUUUAGUUCAUUGCUGUUCCUGGUGGCCAUGGCCGAUUUCGCACACAGUAUAUACCAAUGGCAACACGAUGGCCUUUACAUAGCAAAUGUUGACUUUGUCAUGCCUGGUCUGUUAGCUGCAUCAAUGGUGCUGCACAUGGUUGUGACAGAGCAGGAGAGGUUGAGAGGCAUCAGAAGUAGCGGAGUUCCAUUCAUCUUCUUCAUGCUACUAGCGAUACAGGCACUUGCAGCAUUACAGACGACAAUUAGGAAUGUUAUUAGAGAGGGAGUUUCUGAUGACUUAUACAGAUUGACUACAUCUUGCAUAUAUUCUGGCAUAGUCUUUCUUCAGUUCAUACUGCAUUUCUUUGCUAAUCCUGCACAAACCUGCAUGCCAGUAGCUGAUGGACCGAACCCUUGCCCAGAAUACAAGCUGGGCUUUAUUACCAGGCUCUUCUUCUGGUGGUACAUGAGGCUGGGCAUUACAGGAUGGAAAAGAGCCCUGGAAUUCAGUGACGUCUGGGACCUGAAUCCGGAAGAUACAUGUGAGAAGGUUAUGCCACUAUUCGAAUCCCAUUGGCAGCAGGAGGUGAUGAAAGUUAGAAGAUCAAAGGCCGUAGCAAAGGCUGAUGAGGCAGUUGGCAUUCCACCCAAAGAACCAUACGAGCCUUCCAUUGCCCUCACUAUCGCCAAAUGCUUUGGAUCUACAUAUGCUUGGGCAUCUGGGAUAAAACUUCUAAAUGACAUCUUGUUGUUUGCUGGACCACAAAUCCUUAAGUGGUUGAUAGCGUUUAUUAGCAGUGAUGAUUUUCCUUUCUGGCAAGGCUACUUCUACGCCGUCCUGCUGUUUGUUGUGUCGAUGGUGCGCACGUUACUCAUGCAGCAGUUUGUGAAUGAAGCGUUGCGUGUUGGCAUGAGAGUCCGCACUGCUGUCACUGGGAUUGUCUACAAGAAGGCACUCACCAUGAGCAGUGCAUCGCGACGCAUAUCUACAGUAGGUGAGACAGUCAACCUGAUGUCAGUAGAUGCUCAGAGACUGAUGGAUCUGGCGUCUUACUUGGUCUAUCUAUGGUCUGCACCAUUUAUCAUUGUUCUGUGUAUGUACUUCCUGUGGCAGGAGCUUGGUCCUUCUGUUUUGGCUGGGGUGGCUGUUCUCAUACUUCUUCUACCUCUAAACGCUGUGAUAGCCCAUCUAACCAAUAAACUACAGGUGUCGCAAAUGACAUUUAAGGAUUUAAGAAUAAAUGUGAUGAAUGAGAUCCUUAAUGGUAUCAAGGUGCUAAAGCUGUAUGCAUGGGAGCCGUUCUUUCAGGAUAAGAUAUUAGAUCUCAGAGAAAAAGAGCUCCAUGUUUUAAAGAAAUCAAAUUAUCUGGGCGCAGUCAGUAUUUUCACGUGGACAUGUGCACCUUUUUUGGUUUCACUGGUGAGCUUCAUGGUAUAUGUGCUCUCUGACCCGAGCCAUGUGUUGACUGCAAGCAAGGCCUUUGUGUCUUUAGCUCUGUUCAACCUGAUUCGCUUUCCUUUAUCUGUCAUGCCUUGGACGAUCACUCUUUUAGUACAGUCAUCAGUUUCACUAAGACGACUAAGAAGGUACCUAAUGCAAGCUGACCUUGAUCCUAAUUCAGUCGACCAUAACUCUGCAGAAGCUGCACAUAUAGUUGUCACGGAUGGCAAUUUCAAGUGGGAUGAGAUCAGUGAUGCACCCACCCUAGCCAACAUCAAUCUCCAGUUGAAGGAGGGCACAUUAACUGCCAUUGUUGGUCAAGUUGGUGCCGGCAAGUCGUCACUCAUGAGUGCUUUCCUGGGUGAAAUGGAGAGAAUGAUGGGAAAAGUACACAUGAGAGGCAAACUAGCGUACGUUUCACAGCAGGCAUGGAUCCAGAACGUGACGUUGAGGGAUAACAUAGUGUUUAACAAUGAUUGGGAUGAGACUUGGUACCACAAAGUCAUCGAUGCUUGUGCCCUGGAACCAGACCUAGAUGUCCUGCCAGGAGGAGAUCUGACUGAGAUUGGGGAACGGGGCAUCAACCUGAGCGGAGGGCAGAAGCAGCGUGUGAGUGUGGCGCGUGCCGUGUACAGUGAUGCCGACAUAUUCCUACUUGAUGAUCCACUCAGCGCUGUCGACGCCCAUGUUGGCAAACACAUGUUCGGGCGGGUGAUUAGUGCGUCUGGACUCCUAAAUAAUAAGACACGAGUGUUGGUGACUCAUGGGGUGAGCUUCCUACCCGAGGUUGAUUCUAUUGUUGUUAUAAGAGGUGGCCGCAUAUCUGAAGUUGGUUCAUUUGAGCAACUUCUCAGCUGCAAUGGAGCUUUUGCAGAGUUCCUCAGGAACUACCUAACGAACCCUGAAAAUGAGGAUGUGAUCACUGAUUCAGAAGAUCCAGAUAUCGUGGAGGAGAUUCUACAGAAGGUUGCACCUGGAUAUGACAGACAAGCAUCAAGGCCAGAAAGCAGCAUGGAUGAAGAUCAUCUGAUACCGGAGUCUGCCCUCAGACAGCAGUCUGGGAAUAUACAAGUGAAUGGCAAAGCAAAUGUGAAACUGUUACCAUCUGUAGGAGAUAAACUCAUAGAUGAAGAAAAGGCAGAGACAGGCAAUGUGAGCCUUGCUGUUUUCAAAAUGUAUUUCAAGGCAGUGUCAACACCUAUCGUGUCCAUCAUCUUUCUGUCGUACCUGCUGGCGAAUGCGGCCCAGGUGGGAUCGAGCAUCUGGCUGAGUGCAUGGAGCACCGACCAACCGCUGGACGACGGAUCGCAGGACAUACCACUGCGCAACAUGAGGCUAGCUGUCUACGCUGCGCUUGGAACCCUUCAAAGUUUAUUUGUGCUAAGUUCUGCCAUCGGUAUUGCACUGGGUGUCAUGUUUGCCUCCCGGUCUCUUCACCGUGAUAUGCUAAGGAAUAUGUUUCGAUCACCAAUGUCAUUCUUUGACACAACCCCGCUUGGCCGGAUUGUGAACAGGUUUUCAAAAGAUAUAGACGUUGUCGAUAACAUCAUUCCUAUGAGCCUUCAGAACUGGCUGUUCUGUGUGUUUUAUGUGUUUGGCACACUAUUUCUCAUCAGUUAUGGCACACCGAUAUUUGCCGCCGCCAUACCGCCACUGGCUGUGUUGUACUGGUUCAUACAGCGCAUAUAUGUCGCAUCGUCGCGGCAGCUGAAGCGCCUCGAAUCCAUCAGCCGAUCUCCGAUAUACUCUCACUUCUCUGAGACUGUGACAGGGGCCAGCACAAUCAGGGCAUUCCAGGUGCAAGAGCGCUUCAUAUUAGACAAUGAAGCUAGGAUUGACAACAACCAAAAGUGUUACUUUGCUAUUAUCAUGGGCAACAGGUGGCUGGCUGUACAUUUGGAGGCAAUCGGUAACCUCAUAAUAUUCUUCUCUGCGCUGUUCACGGUGAUUGGCAAGCAAAUGGGAGAGAUAGAUCCGGGUUUAGCAGGUCUUUCUAUCUCAAAUUCUCUCGGUUUGAUACAGGCACUUAACUGGGCAGUGCGAUUUACAAGUGAGCUAGAAACAAAUAUAGUUGCUGUGGAGAGAGUCAAGGAGUAUUCCGAGACACCAAACGAGGCUCCAUGGGAGUCAGCUGGCAAGCUAGGACUGGUACCUCCACCGGCUUACUGGCCACCAGAGGGUGACGUUCAGUUUGACAACUACAGUGUUUGCUACCGACCAGGCCUCGCCCUUGUGCUGAACCAGAUCAGCUGCUUUGUGUCUGCGAGUGAGAAAGUAGGCAUAGUUGGGAGAACGGGUGCAGGCAAAUCCUCACUCAUACUCUCGCUGUUUCGCAUCAUUGAGGCAUCAGAGGGUGCCAUUCACAUCGAUGGUCGCAACAUCGCUGAGAUGGGUCUGCACGAACUUCGCUCUAAGCUGACCGUCAUUCCACAGGAUCCAAUGCUGUUCUCCGGCAGUCUCCGAAUGAACCUUGAUCCGUUCAGCUGGCACAGUGACGGGGCAGUAUGGAGGGCUAUCGAACACGCCCACCUGAAGGCAUUUGUGAUGUCCCUACCAGCUGGGCUGCAGUAUGAGAUCAGUGAGGGAGGGGAAAACCUGAGCGUGGGACAGCGCCAGCUGGUUUGCCUUGCCCGCGCGUUGCUCAGGAAGACAAAGGUGCUCAUCCUGGAUGAAGCUACGGCUGCGAUCGACCUUGAGACGGACGACCUUAUCCAGGCAACCAUUAGGCAAGCGUUUGCCAACUGUACUGUGUUGACUGUUGCUCACAGGCUCAAUACCAUCAUGGAUAGCACGAGGGUGAUGGUCCUAGACAAUGGAAUGCUAAAGGAGUUUGAUACACCCGAAAACCUUCUGCAGGACAAGAACUCAAUCUUCUACUCGAUGGCGAGAGAGGCUGGUAUCGUUGGACGCAGUCACAGUCUGCUGCCCGAUACAGAGAACAUCGCUACUUGAUCUUACUCCAACCGUUCUCAUUUAUUGUCAAGUGCAUUUAGAUAGAUUGUUAGUAGAUGUAAUUAGUAAUAUAUAUGUUAUAUAUAUGCAGAGAAUGAAGCAUGCAGUAUCCAGUACUGUACAACACUGGCAUAUUUUUAGCUCAUCUGACAUAGUCAGAUGCAGCUUGUAGAAUCGCAUGAGCGUCCGUCCGUGAUCCGUGUGUCCGUGUGU